GAAGUAUUAUUAAUAUUUAUUUAUUUAUGCUGCUACUCGCCCGAGCAAUUGGCCUGGCAACAUGACGACAGCAGGGCAGUGAAUGACGCAGUUGUGAUUUACAAGCGGUCGAAUGCAGAGCUCAAGAGUUCAGCAACCAGAUAAACCAGCCUAGAAGUCGCGUGCGUAAACCGAAGUCAAAGUCAAGACUUCAAACAUCUGUUAUACAUAUACACACAUAUAUAUACAGCAUUCUAGAUGCUGUGAAAUGAAGGCAGCUCUAAUCUGAAGCCGGACUUGUUUGCCUAUCAGCAGUGGCUGACGAAGCCGCGGGUUAUCAUCGAACUUGACCAAUAUUUGUUUUCAUUUCAUCGCGACGAAAGUUUCAUUGGCAUCGGCAGUCAACAUUUGUACCUCACAGCGUUCACAACAAUAGAAAUUAUUUAUAAUAUAUAUUCAAGAUAUACUAUAUAAAAAUAUAUAUACAAGAAUAAUGUCAUUAAAGCCAUUGCUGCUAUUUGGCUUGUGCCUGUGUCUGGCUCCUCUGGAGAGCCAAGCGGAUUUAUCAUUUAUCUUCGGAAAUAUUUCGCUAUUCAAUCUGAACUUCAAGACGCCAACAUUGUUGGGGCGCUCCAUUACUGUAAAUAGCAAUGUGCAAAUUGAUACUACUGUGGAUCCCAAUAUACAGGAGGAUUCACAUUUAGAUACGUACAGUCUUAUAAAGAAAUAUGGUUAUCCGGCAGAGAACCAUAGUGUGACAACAGACGAUGGUUAUAUAUUGACAGUGCAUCGCAUCGCCAGGCAUGGAGCAACGCCUGUUCUGUUAGUUCAUGGACUCUUGGAUAGCUCUGCCACUUGGGUGAUGAUGGGUCCCAAUAAGGGUCUAGGCUACAUGCUGUACGAGCAGGGCUAUGACGUCUGGAUGGCCAAUGUUCGUGGCAAUACAUAUUCGAGAAAGCAUAUAAAGUAUACGCAUUCGCAUGCCAAGUUCUGGGACUUUACAUUCCAUGAAAUGGGCGUGCAUGAUAUACCCAAGACAAUUGAUUAUAUACUGGACACGACGGGAUUUAAGCAACUGCAUUACAUCGGCCACUCGCAGGGUACCGUUGUCUUCUGGAUUAUGGGCAGUGAGCGACCCGAGUAUAUGGAUAAGAUCAUAGCGAUGCAGGCUCUGGCGCCCGUUGCCUAUCUGAGGCACUGCAAGAGUCCGGUCGUUAAUUUCCUGGCCGAGUUUCAUGCCUCGGUGAGCAUCGUGCUCAAGCUGAUUGGUGUUCAUGAGUUUUUGCCCAAAAACGAAUUCAUUGUAAUGUUCAAUCAGCUGAUCUGCGAUGAAACCACCAUAACGAAGGAGAUCUGUUCCAACGUGAUCUUUUUAACUACGGGCUUUGAUAAGUUGCAGCUGAAUGAGACAAUGCUGCCCGUCGUGGUGGGCCAUGCACCGGCUGGUGCGUCCACCAAGCAGAUGCAACACUUUGGCCAGGUGCGCAGAUCAGGUGAAUUCCGUCAGUUCGACUAUGGCUGGCUAAGGAAUCACUGGCACUACAAUAGCAUAAGCCCACCUGCAUAUAAGCUGGAGAAUGUCAAGGCCAAGGUUGCUCUCUACUACAGCCAAAACGAUUGGCUGGCACAGCCAGCGGAUGUGCAGUCGCUGCGCCGCAGGCUGCCCAACGUAGUCCAUCAUUAUCUGGUGGACUAUCCAGAGUUCAAUCAUCUCGACUUCAUCUGGGGCGUCGAUGCACGUUCUCUACUCUGGGAUGCGAUGCUCAAGCAAAUGCGCGCAUGCGAAAUAGAUAAUAACAUAGAUACGACGAAUUGAUUAGCAUAAGAACUAUAAUUAAUAUCGAUUUAGUCUAGGUCCUCUCUAUACUUACAGUAUGAGCUCAAUACAAAAGCAAUUGGCCAUUAUUUGUUGUACAUAUAUUAAAUAUUUAUUAAUCGAGUAAAGCUUAGUGUAAUAAUUACAUGUUAUAUAGCUUUAA